AUGAUCAUCAGAGCUCCAAUAAGGACAAAAACCAAGUCGUUUAGAGGCGAUCAAAUGGAUUUUAAAUUCCCGUCUAACGAAAGUUUACCAAGAGGAACGCUAGAAGAGUACCAUUUGAAUAAUCAUCAUCUUUUAAAUGAUGUGUUUGCAGCAGAAAAUGGAGUUUCUCGCGAUGAAGACGGAAACUCUCAAACAUUAUCAGACUAUACAUCCACUUCCAAUACAAAUACAAAUUCCGGUUAUUCAUCAAAUGGAUACUAUUCAUUUGCUAACAUUUCUGACAAUACUACGUCUUCACCACGUAUUGUAAUCAAUCAAAAUGAAACCGCUAGAUUAACUUCCUCAGACUCGAACAAAAGUGACUUUUUUGCUUCUCAUGACUUCCCAGGAAAUGACUCUCUUCAUUAUAGCAGCUCAAAUGUAGUUAAAAACCAGUUACAUUCAAUGGAAGCUAUUCCAGAGGGAAACAUAACUGGCUCAAUCUCAACGGCAUUCCAGACUAUCCCAACAGCAGAUAAUGUUUCCUACGAUAUCGCGCCGUCAUCAGCAUCAUCGUUAUUACCAAGGAAAUCGACAUCUAAAAGCGCCAUUCUGCCGUCGACCCAAGAAGCCAAACCGAUGACCAAAUUAAAUAUGGAAAAGGAUAUAAAAACUAUCGAAUUAAACAAUAGCGUAGUACCGAAACCUAAAAAAAAGCUAAACAGAGUUCCGACCAUAAGACGAGUUGAAUCCUCGAGGUUUUCCAAUUCCAGGUAUAGUUCAAGUGUCAGCAGUAAAUCAAGUAGCAGUCGUUGUUCUCUAAAACGAUCAAAAGCUAUUAGAUGUAAGGGCGGACUCUUAUAUUAUUUCACCUCAUUGGGAAUCAAGAUAAAGAAAAAGUUACGGAAAUUACGGCUAGUUUUAAGAAGAAGACUGUUUUCAUAUAAUGUUCAAAAGGUCCCCUCCGCCACGAAUUCCAAAACCACUAAAUCUAAAGCAAACAUUAACAACAAGUCAAAAAAAAGAGGGACGAACCUAGUCAACAAAAACAGCAACUCUACUCCGCGUCAAAAAAAAUCGCAGAGAUACGUCUCUAAUUUACAACGGUCGAUCUCAUCAAAAUCUUUAGUACCUGUAUUGGCUCCACAAAAAAAGACUAAACCUUUGACAGUUGAUACGAAAUUUAAAGCAAACCAUCCCCAAUCUGAAGAUUCCAAAGUUGGAUCAAACACCCCAAGGAGCCCUUUGGUAAGCUAUACUCCAUCAUUGAGAAGAACAAAUUCCUCUAUUAGAAGGGCUGCAUCCAUCCUAACCGCAUCUGCCACUAUGACACCGGCAAAUAAUAAAAACUCCUUCAUUUCUGUACCGGAUAAUGUUAGUCAUGCCGUCACUCGCAACAGCAGCAUGUACUCGAGGUCAAGAUUGGUAAGGUCAAAACCAUCGACGGCCCUAAAUGCAAUUGCAAGACAGCCAUCAAUUGUGGUAGAAAAUAAAGUUAUUCCGUUAUCCAUGAAUCGAUAUUCUAUUAAAGAGGAAGACGAAUAUGUAAUUGAUACUAGUUCUAUGAGAGAAUUAUCUCCCGUUAAUAGCGUUUGCUCAUCUGAUUAUGACAGAGAAUCAUCUGAAAGCUACUCUAAUUAUGCGGAUGCAAUGGAGACAACGGAAGUAGAUAAUAAGGACAGAGUUGAAUGCAACAAUGAAAUUCAAAAUGUGGAUGCAAAUAAUGAGGAAACUUCAAAUGAAGAGAGUUACAAUUUGAUGAAACAUUAUUUAAGCACCGUAAUUGCUCAAAGAAUUAUGCUCAGGGUACAAAUUGCUCGUAUACAAAAUUAUAAGAGCAAUGUUGUUUAUAUGAAUAAAUCAGCAGAAACAAACUCAACUAUCUACGAAGAUCUUGUCGAUUCUCUAUUAACUGAAUAUGAGGCUGAUGGUAGCUCCUCCCAAAUAUUUGAUGGCGUUACAGUAAGGGCCGACGAGGAAGAAGAAGAAGAUGAAGAUGAUGAAGAUGAUGAAGAAGAAGAAGAAGAAAAUGAUGAUGAAGAAGAUGAAGAAGAUGAAGAAGAUGAUGAAGAUGAUGAAGAAGAAGAAGAAAAAAGAAAAGAAGGAGAAGGAAGAAAUUUGGCAAAAGAGGUAGACGAAUUAGCGGAAUUAAGUCCGAUGAGAAAACAAAGCGAUUUGAGUAUUACGUUAAGAUCUCCAUUUGCUAUGCUAAAUCCUGCCUACUCAAACAGCAUUAUAUCGCUACCAACAGGUGUGGUCAAGAGGUCAUUGACUCUUCCUGUCGGUAUGAAAAUUUAA